AUGCAGCCGAACCGCAUCCAGCGCGCCCCCGGCUCCUUCUCGCCUUUGCCCGGCAGUGUAUCCACAUCGGCGGCAGCGGCGGCGGCGGCAGCCUCUGGCAGCGGCGGGCGAGAUGAUGGCUCCAGUUGCGCCCCUCAUCCUCCACUGCGACCGCUGCCCCAGCCGUACCAGCACCCGUCGGUGUCGUCCUCAUCGCAACAGUCGGCCCGACCUCAGAUACGGAGGAUUGAGUCUUCAAGUAGCGAGGAGCACAUAUCACUGGCCAAGGUCAGGAGUCCUCAGUCUCCUGUUGAGAGAAGCGGCGGCGGAGGCGGAGGAGGCGUGACGAGUCCUAGUUACGCCAGCUUUACACAACACGCAAAUAGCAGCUCGAGCAGUCUACAUAACUUCUCACGCCCUGUGCGAUCGAAUCCGAAUACCGAGACGAACAGCGUGCGGACGGCAUCACCGCUAACGCUACCAUCAAGAGGCUUGCACACGAGGAAACAUUCACAGACCCAAGGUCUGUUCGAUUCAACCCUUCCGAGCAAAAGCAGCCUCAGCCUGUCAACAUCGAAUAUAGAUACUGUAGGUGGUAGUACGCGUUCUCCAUCUGGAGCGCUGCCCGCCAGCCACAUAGCAGCGCAGGCCGCAGUGCAGCAACAUCAGCAUCAACAGCACAGCCGCAACCGGUCACAGACGGUGCCCUUUCCUGGAAGCGAAGGCACCGAGACGCUCAGACGGCCUGCAGCGCGGCCGAUACAAGGGGGAGGCUCCGAAACGGCUGUAGGUGCUAGAGGACCACUCAGUCCGCCAAUGCUGAGUCUCACGGAAGCAAGCGUCCCUCGGGAUGGGGGUACACUUCUGGGUCCCACGAGAAGCAACGAACAAACCUAUCACAAUGGACUGCUGGGCUCGUCGGCCGCUACAGCCGCGGCGAACGUAGUGUUUCCGAGAGCGUCACCACAGUCUUCGCCGAGCUUGUCAACAACAGAGCAGACCCAACAAGGGGCAUCUCCGUACCUACCACCACUUACAAUACCAGAGAAACCAGCCAAGGCCGAAAAAUCCAAGGUCAAACUCUUCUCACGGCCCAAGAAGAUUGACGUCAAAGGCGACUCAAAAGAAAAACCACUUCCUAGCCCUGGUAAGAUUGGAUCCGCCCUUGCUUCCUUGCAAAGAGGCAAUUUUAGCACAGCUUCGCUCGUUGAGAGUCAAUCGAUAUACAAUCUAAAUAAUUCGUCUUCAGCCACAAUUCGACCCCUUGACACCUCCGCCGACGGACCUGCAGCCAAGGAAAAGGAGAAGAAGCACCACUUCCUUUCGAGGCAGAAGCACAAAAUCUCAGGAAAGGACGACUACCACUUACCCUUAUCUUCCGCCGCAAGCAACAGUAGGCCGGUCGAUCCAAAUGCGCCAAAUAGUCUGUACAACUUCAACCUCCCUCCCCAAAGCCCUGCGCCCACAACCACCAGCUUCAGCAAGUCCGUCUCUGGACUUGAUCUGCGGCAUGGCGGACGUGCCCUACGUGACAAGCGAAAAGAGGAUAAACUCGGCAUGGCCCACGACAACGAAUCCGUCUUUACGCUCAACAACACUACUAGUAAUCCAGAAUGGCCCGGCCCGAGCUCCCUGGGCUCAAGUCUGUCGCAGACGCAAAGUAACCAUGCGUUGGCCAUGUAUGACCCAGUCGAUGGUACUAAAUACGGAUUGCAUAACAUGACGCUUGACGAUGCGUGGCCUUAUCUGAAGGCAAAGCUCCUGGUCGUGUUUGAGGGAGAGGAUCUCAGGCUACCAAUUGAAGAUUUCAAUCGAGUUGUCACUAUGCAUAUUCAGUGGUGUAUACAGCGGCGCUCAGCUCACAUCAUCAUGGAGGACCUGAGGGAAUUGCUGUCCACUGGCUUCGCGAGUCUUGACCACACACUUCGCAGGAGCGGGACCGAAGACACAAACAGACUGAUUCCAGCACUGGUUGAUGUUUGGUUGGCGACAUUCACCACAAUUCUUCCAUACAUGCAGGCUGUCUUCCUGCCACUUGAUCUUGAAUUCUCUGGUAACGGAACCUUGUUGACCCCGGAGCAGGCUCGAGAUUUCUGGGGCGGCGUUGUUGGUGGGCCUGGAUCAACGGCGAAAGAAUUGGGGACUGUUCUAGAUGUCCGAAGACUUGUUCUCCUGGCCUUCAGAGACGGAUUGAUUUUACCACGAUACGACAAGCUAAGGACGAUAUUCUCACGAUUGAGUCUUGAACACCUCCCUGGUAGUCUGGCGAGUCUGGCACUAUCCAGCCCACCUCCACCAGGAGAAGCAAUAAUGUCAAGCUCACCCAGAGAUCACAUAAACAUACUAGACUCAGCUCGACCAAGUACCGCUAUGAGCUUGGAUCCAUCUGUUGCAUCAUACAAUAGCUCCAGCAGCACAUUGUUGAAUGAAGGCAGUAAUCCGUCCAGGAGCCGUGCGAUAUCCAACGUAUCUUUUGGCUCUGGAGGCAGUGGAGGAGACGGUAGUCAAGGCUUCCUGCGAUCUCUUGGAGGCCGAGCGCGAGCAGAUAGCGAUCGUGACAGGAAUCGUGACCAAGAAGCGGAGAGUGGAUCUAAACAGGUUACAGAUAUGGUGGGCCGCAUGCUUCAGUGCAUGUCCGUCCUGGCUUCGGUGGGAGGUAACACCCCAUCACCGGAUUCAAACAGACAGGAAGAUCCCGGGUCGAAGCAAGUUGCCGAGCUCGGAAGGCUUCUGAAGCUCAACUGGCUUGGGCGCGGGCGAACUGGCAGAAACAGAAGGGGCAUGGUAGGGGGCCGAAUUAAGAGGGACGUGUCUGCACAGCGAAGCAUUGGCGGGCAUAGCCGGGCCAACAGCGCAUUGAGCGGAGGAAUGAAUGGGUUAGGCAUAGGUCUAGGGGGUUCGAGGGACGGCCUUGUGAUACCUGUUUAG